AGAAUUAAGAACUCUUUCUUUUCUUCUCUCUUCUCCCCUGUCGCACAGGCAUUGCCCUCUCUCUCUCACGUUCACUUUCCCUCUCUAGACUCUGACUCACAUUCAUUCUUUGCUUCUCCUUUUAUAUCACGAGAUCCCCAACACUCUUCUUUUUCUUUCUCUCUCCCUCUCCUCCUCUAUGUCUUCUUCCAAGCUUCUUCUCUUUCAAUGUCUCUGUCCCUCUUCUUCUUAUCCUGGUUUUGUUGCUGUUCUCCAAUUUGUAGACAUUGUUGACGGUGGUGAUAAGGGAAAUUGAAUGUAAACGAGAUUUUGUGGCACAUUGAGUAGAGGGGGCUAGUGGGGUGAAAAUUUGAGAGGAAAUUUUCUUUUUCUUUUUUUUGGGUGUUUGGUUGCUUAGAAAAUGUCGCAUUCCGGAAAACCCAUAUUGGAUUUGAGGUUGGAUACACUGUCCGAUCAGCUGCGGGGCUCAUUGAUUUCUUUGGAGGAGGCUAACAAGCCAGAUUUCCGCGAGCUCGAUCUGGGUUCUCCUGUCUCGCCUCUUCGUACUCAUGGGCUCUCUACCACUACCACCGCCACGAGCAGUAGCUCCAGUUCGUCCGGGUCCGGAUCCGUAUCCGGGAGAAAUGGGCAUAAUUUGGUUCCGGGAAGAUCCGACAAUAGUAACUCCGGUGAGCUCUCUGGGUCAAGAGAGUCCAGUCCUACCACCGCUGCCCGGAAUCCCAAACCGGGUCACUCCGGAUCCCACUCUAGCUCUAGUACAACAACUGCCGCGACUCAACCUUUGAUUUAUUCGGGUCAAAGCUCUGUGAACUCUUACUCACCCCCAGCUAAUGUCCUACCCACCGGAAAUAUCUGCCCGUCUGGGAGAAUCCUGAAAACGGGUAUGGAUCCCAAUCGGAGUUCCAAAAGUGAUGUAUUAGGGUCUGGGGGCGGCAAAUAUGGCCAUGGUAGCAUAAUGCGAGGCACAAGCACGAGCAAAGCGUAUGGCAGUGCAGAGACCGUGAAUGCGGGCAGUGGAAGGGCAGGAGGUGAUGGGGAUGCCGUGAGGAGGGCAAUGUACAGUGCUGAUCCGGAGGAGGUGAAGAGAACAGGGAAUGAAAUGUACAAGAAGGGGCAUGUAACCGAGGCACUUGGAUUGUACGAAAGAGCAAUUGCAUUGGCACCCGGAAAUGCAGCCUACCGGAGCAAUCGGGCUGCAGCUCUCAUGGGGCUGGGCCGGGUGGCCGAUGCUGUGAGGGAGUGUGAGGAGGCAAUCAGGUUGGAUCCCAAUUACUGGAGGGCUCAUCAGAGGUUGGCCUCAUUGCUUAUCAGGUUAGGACAGGUUGAUAAUGCCAGAAGGCACCUUUGUUUCCCUGGUCAGCAGCCUGACCAGGCUGAGUUGCAAAAGUUGCAAGCGGUGGAGAAGCACUUAACCAAAUGUACUGAUUCCCGAAAGGUUGGUGAUUGGAAAAGUGCAUUGAAGGAAGGUGAUUCUGCCAUUGCUGCCGGAGCUGAUAUUUGUCCUCAGCUAUUUAUGUGUAGAGCAGAAGCACUUCUGAAGCUCCAUCAACUUGAAGAUGCUGAAUCAAGCCUAUUAAACAUUCCGAAAAUAGAAUUAUGUGCCAACUCAUGCUCACAGACUCGCUUUUUUGGGAUGCUUUCUGAAGCUUAUCCUUACCUUGUAAGAGCCCAGAUUGAGAUGGCAUUGGGCAGGUUUGAUAAUGCAGUUACAGCUGUUGAGAAAGCAGGGCAGUUUGAUCCAAGAAAUAUUGAAGUAGCAGUGCUGCUUAACAAUGUCAGGUUGGUGGCUAGAUCCCGUGCAAGUGGUAAUGAUCUCUUCAAGUUGGAGAGGUUCACUGAAGCUUGCUUAGCAUAUGGUGAGGGUCUCAGGCUUGAUCCUUCAAACCCUGUUCUCUAUUGCAAUAGAGCUGCUUGUUGGUUUAAACUUGGUCUCUGGGAGCAAUCAAUUGAGGAAUGCAACCAAGCUUUAUGUGUUCAUCCUAAUUACAUGAAAGCUCUUCUUCGAAGAGCUGCCUCAAAUAUUAAGCUAGAGAAGUGGGCUGAUGCUGUGAGAGAUUAUGAAGUUCUAAGGAGGGAACUUCCCGAUGACAGUGGAAUUGCUGAGUCUCUAUUUCGUGCCCAAGUUUCAUUGAAGAAAUCUCAAGGGAAAAAGGUUUAUAAUAUGAAAUUCGGCGGAGAAGUGGAGGAAGUUACAGCUGUUGAGCAGUUCAGAGCCGCAAUAUCCGUACCAGGAGUCUCUGUCGUCCAUUUUAAAGCAGACUCUGACUUGCAUUGCAAGCAAAUAUCUCCAUUUCUUGACACUUUAUGCGGCCGUUAUCCUUCCAUAAAUUUUCUCAAGGUGGAUAUUGAGGAGAGCCCAGCAAUUGCAAAUGUGGAGAAUGUGAGAAUUGUACCAACAUUCAAGAUUUACAAAAAUGGUAGCCGGGUGAAGGAAAUUGUUUGUCCAAGUCGCGAUGUGUUGGAAUACUCGGUGAGGCAUUAUAGCCUUUAGAGCUCAUAAACUGUAUUCUUACACUUUUAAUCUUGCCUUGUCGAACCUCUAGUCUGUUGAGAGAAAUCUUCCACUGCUGUUCUUUCCCGCCAUACCACGAUUACCAGGUACCUGUGACAUAAGUCCAACAACAUAAUAACCUCACUAGCCAGCCAAUGUGCCUGUGGAACCACCCAGAGAAAAUAGCCUAGUUCGUUUUUGCCGGUUUCAUUUAUUCAUUCAUUCCUCAUUGCUCUGUGGUUCCAUGCUCUCUUCCUCCCAUCUCCUUCUGCGUUAAUUAUCUCCCAUUUCUUUCUUGGUUGUAAGAUUGCCCGCAUUCAAGAUGAGUACAAAAAACAACUAAAGAGAGAGAAUAUGUACAAUUCCAUUAAAUUGCUCCUUUAAGUCAAUGAGAUAGAGAGGGGACUCUGCCAGGCUGGUUAGUAGAAGAGAAGACCUUGUACAUGUAUAUAUAUAUGUAAUGAUAUAUACAUAGCGAACAUUGGAAGCCAUGAGGGAGAUAUAAUUGGAUAUCUGGUGGGUACUUUUAGUAGGUUUAGUGAAAGAAGGAUGAAUAUGUUCAUGUUGUCAUUAAGAAGUAUUCCUAUUGCUGUUGCUUAUUUUCUUUUACCAUUUGAUCAAUAAAAAGAUCCCCAAUUAUUUUUUCCCCAA